UCUCUCUCUCUCUCUCCUCCGCCCUUGCCCCGCACCAUCGCCAUCAUGUCCGAUACCGAGUCGUCCGCCAGCGUCGCCAAGCCCGACUUCGCCCAGGACCCGCCGGCCGCCGCCGAGAAGGAGGCCGCCGCCGAGAAGGAGAGCACCACCUCGAAGGACACCACCAAGAAGGACGCCGCCUCCGACAAGGACGCCGCCCCGGGUGCCGACGGUGAGGCCGCCUCCCCGAGCGCCGACUCCGCCUCGAAGAAGCGCACCGCCGAGGACCUGAGCGAUGAUGAGCCCGCCCCCAAUCGCAAGCGCGCCCACACCACCGGCUCCCCCGCCGGCGAGCGCUCCCUCGAGGUGAGCAUCCCCUCCGCGUCGGCUGCGUCCAUCCUCGGCGACGACCACACCAAUCUGCGCGACAUCGAGGCCGAGACCGGUGUCACUAUCACCGUCGGCGACGAGGCUGUCGGAUCGCUCAUCCUCCUGACCAUCACUGGCCCGGAGGCCGGUGUUUCCACCGCGCGUGAGCGUCUUUCCUCCCUGAUUUCCAUCAACAGCCCCACCAGCACUGGCGCGGCCAUCUCCACGGUCACCUCCAGCAGCACUACCACCACCACCGAGAGCGGGAACAUCAGCUCCACCGUGGGCACCGAGCACAUGCAGUUCCAAGCGCCGCUCGGCCACGCGAUCUCCACCAACUCCGACGAGCACAAGCGCAUCAGCGAGGCCUCCGGCGCCAAGAUCUACUGCCUGCCGCCGCAGAACCCCCACGACCCGUCCCAGCGCGAGCUGACCCUCAUCGGCACGCAGGAGGCCCGGGCCGAGGCCCGGCGCCUGAUUCAGGAGGUCCUGGACGCGGAUCAGCGCAUGCUGGAGGAGCACGGCCCGGAGGCCUUCAACCACCACCACGGCGGCCACCACGCGGCCGGUGCCGGUGCCGGGCACCAUGGGCACCAUGGUGCCGGUGCCGGUGGCGACCAUUACGGCGGUAAUGCCGGCCACCACGCCGGCGGCGACCACUACGCCGGGGGCCACCACGGCGGCGACCACUACGGCGCCGGGCACCAUGGUGCUGGCGGGGCCGGCGGCGCCGGCAGCGGGUCCCUCCCCCCGGGCAUCGACAUGACCCGGUCCUCCACCCGGACUCACGGCAUCCUGGCCAAUGAGCCGGUGCCGCCCGGGCACAUCCGCAAGGAGAUGCAGGUCCCGGGCAAUGUGGUUGGCCUGAUCAUCGGUCGUGGUGGUGACACCAUCCGCCGGAUGCAGCACGACUUCCAGUGCCGCAUUCACUUCCCCACCACCAUCGAUGGCAUCCCGCAGCAGGGUGCCCCGCAGCGGGUGCUCCUGCUGCAGGGCGAGGCGCCGGCCGUUGCCCGUGCCGAGGACGCCGUCAACUCCAUCAUCGCCACCGGCAACCCGCACCUGGCCCCGGUGCCGGGGAAUGAGACCGUGCAGUUCCACAUCCCGGCCAACUCGGCCGGCACCGUGAUCGGCCGCAAUGGCGACAUCAUCCGCUGGCUGCAGGCCAGCACCAACACCACGGUCCGCGUGGAGCCGGUCGACGGUCACAACAACCGGAAUGUCAUCAUUUCCGGCACCCCGGACCGGAUCGCCAACUGCCGGGCCAUCAUCAACGCGCGCAUUUCCGGCGACCCCAAUGCCCCGGGCCCCUCGCAUGCGGAGCUCCGCGCCAGCAACAUGGCCCGCCAGGGUGGCAUGAUGGGCGGCGGCAUGAUGGGCGGCGGCAUGAUGGGUGACAUGCGCGGUGGUGCUGGUGGCUACCGCGGUGGCGCCGGUGGCGGCUAUGGCGGCGGCUAUGGGGCCGGUUACGGCGGGGCCCAGGGCCAGGGCCAGCACAUGGCCGGCUACGGGGCCCAGGGCCAGAGCGCCGAGUAUGCGGCCUACAUCCAGCAGUAUUACCCCUUCUACGGGUAUGGCACCGACCCGUCCUCCAUGGCGGCCUACUCCGGCCAGCAGGGCGCCGCGGCGGCCGCGGCCGCUGCCCAGUACCAGUACCCCGGCUACCAGUACAACUCGCAGACCGGUACCUGGACGCCGACUGGUGCCGGUCCCGGGGCUAGCCCGUCGGCCGCGGCCGGCGCCGGGUCCACCCCCACUGGCGGCUCUUCCACCCCCAAGGACGACCGCCGCGACUAAGUGCGCAGUGGGUGUGUGCACUGCGUUCCUUCCCCCGAGGGGGAGCCCCAGGGAGGAGAGCGCAAGGUGAUAUGGCCCAAUCAAGAGAGGGGGACACCGCGCGCAUGGGCGUCUGUCUAUCGGGGUGUUGUCUGCGUGUCGUCCCUCAUGCAUGCGCCCGCACACAUGUGUGUAUGCAUGUGUGGAGGUGUCACCGUGCACACACGCGCAAGCACACAAGGGGUGCUGUGUUUGCGCUGCCGACGUGGCCGCGUCACGUCGCCGAGGCCUUCGCCACACAUCCGUCGUCUGUAUGCCAUGUCGUCCGCCCCGCCCCGCCCCGCCCCCAGGUCCAUCCUCCCUGUCGCCCGUCCUUCGCGUGCCCGCCUCUUCGCCCUGUCUUCUGCCUGUUCUUUCUCCCUUCUCGCAAACGCACGCAUUGCAUCGCAUCGCAUCGCAUCGCAUCGCACGCAUCGCACGCAUCGCACGCAUCGCACGCACCGCACGCACCGCACGCACCGCACGCACCGCACGCAUGCACCAUCUUCCCCCCUUCACCUGAGGAUUGGUCCCGCUCUUCUGCUCCUUGUUGCACUGCCUUGCCUUCGCGCGCCCCUGCUCCCUGUUCCACUCCGCACCCCGUCUCCUUCUGCCCGCCCACGCCCACCCUCCUACCUGUCCUCGCCGCACGCACGCACGCACGCACG